UGUGGAUUUCUAGGGUUCCCAAUAAUCAACAACAUAUUGCUCUCUAUCUAUUCAACUUCUUUAUUCAAUUCAAUCCAAUUCAAUUCAGCCAAUAAGGGGUUUUGAUAUCUUUGAUCCAAGAAAUGCCUAAGAGACACUCGAAGAACAACAACGACCUCGCAUUCUUCACCUACAAUGAGAACCGAAAGCUAGGGUACGGAACUCAGAAGGAAAGGCUCGGCAAAGACUCGAUCAAGCCAUUCGACGCUUGUUGCCUCUGCUUGAAGCCCUUAAUCGACCCUUUGUGUUGCCAUAAAGGCCACGACUUUUGCAAAGAAUGCAUUCUCGAGUGCUUGUUGGCUCAGAAGAAAGACGUUCAAAGGAAGCUAGCUGCACAUACAGCUCGGCAGAAGCAAGAAAAAGAAGAGGAAAAAGAGAAGUUACUGCUGCAGAAAGCCAGAGAGCUUGAUGCAUUUGAUCAGCAAAACCAUGACGCAAUGCCACAAUAUAGUGAUAAGAACCAUAACAAGGACAAGAAUGGCUUUCACGGUGCAAACAGCGUGAAGGCCACCUCUUAUGAGGAAGAAGCACUCCGAACAAUGAAAGCAUUCUGGCUUCCCUCUGCCACACCAGAAGCUCCUGCUAAGGUCGAAGCCCCAUCCACCAGUACUAUAUGCCCAGAAGGCCAAGAAAACCUGAAAUUGAAAACCCUCUUCCCAAUUUACUUCACUGAUGACAAACAUGAUGAAAAGAAAUCACAUUCUCUUGAGAUGACCCAUAUAUGUCCCAGCUGCAAGGUCACUCUUACCAAUACACUCUCGCUUGUGGCUUCAAGUUCUUGUGGACAUGUGUUUUGCAAGCAGUGUGUUGAUAAGUUCAUGGCUGUCAAUAAGAUUUGUUUGGUAUGCAACAAGGGAUGUAAAGAGAGGAAUUUGGUUCAGUUGGGAAAAGGAGGGACAGGCUUUGCUGGCCAUGGGGGGAUCAUUUAGUAGCAACUGAUUUCAAGCAUUUGGGUAGUGGUUCUGGUUUGGGGCUGGUGAGGCCUGCAAUGAAGACAUGAAUUGAAUUCAAUUGAGAUGAUUCUUUCAGUUAGUGUUGUACCAUGAUUUGCUUUCAUUUAGUUACAUGUUUAUUGUGGGAUAGCAUUGUGAAAGCAUUACAGUACUUUAUGAAUGGGCAAAGGGGCACCAGGAAAGAUUCAAGGUUCUUGAUCUAUCUCAACAACUAUGGGGUGUUUUGAGAAAAUGGUACAAAGUUAUUUUUUGACUUUUAA